GCCACGAUCUGUUCUAUUUUCGAAAGGCGCGUCAGUUUCAAGCUAAUACGAUAUGGGCAUUGCCAGAAGCUCGCUGUUAUAGUUUAAUUCUAUCCGCACUGGUGCAGCAACCAUGCUUUCACCUGACUCAAAGGACUGCGAUCUGCGCACUCCCGCGCUCGUGCACGAUAUCGCUGAAGAGGGGUCGGACAUGACACGCGAGAUCUACAGCGCUGCGUUGAAGGAUUCCCAGGAUGGAAUGAUUCGCACAAAGUCACUGCCGGACGUGAGUGAGGUGCUCUACAAAGAUGUCGGCAUCGGAUAUUGCCCAACCAGGAGGUUUCCGUCGCGACCACGUCAUCGCGAAUUUGCCUGCUGGAGAUACUAUUGUACCGACGCACAUUCAGAACUCGUUUCUGACGUCUAUCGGGCCAAAUAACUUGCUUCAGUCUACCUAUUGCGGCUUCGUUAACGAGACAUUGCAUCUCGGCGACGAGUACAGCCAAAAUGAAGAACUGAUUCCGCUAUUCAGCAGCCUCGACACGUUCCACACAGAGACGAACGAGAUCUCGACUAGGGGAGCGACCGUCAAGCAGACAGUUUUUACCAUUUUCAAGUCUUUUAUCGGCAGUGGAAUUCUGUUCCUGCCUAAAGGAUUCCAGAAUGGAGGAAUGUUGUUUUCGAUCGUGGGCCUGUGUGUGUCGGCAGUACUUUCGACCUUCUGCAUGCUGCGCCUGGUCGAGUGCUCGACUGUGCUUCUUCACGCUCACAACCACCACAAUGUCUCGUACGGCAUCGUGGGAGAGAUAGCUUUUGGUGCAAUGGGUCGGCGCGCAGUGAACCUGUCGUUAGUGCUCUCGCAAAUCGGUUUCUGCUGUUCGUAUCUGAUUUUCGUGGAGAAAAAUAUUGGCGAGGUAUUAUUGCACGCUUUUAACCUCCAGAGCUCACUUACGACGUCAUCGUGGACGCUCAUUCUGCUGCAGAUUCCACUUUACACCCCACUAGCGUGGGUGCGUCGUCUCGAGUACUUUGCACUCACGAGCUUAUUCGCGGAUGUGCUCAUUGUGUUUGGUCUAGUGUACAUCCUCACUUACACUGUGAAGACUCUUGAAAGUGCAGCUCCCGGCGAAUCAACGUGGGUCUACUUUAAUUCCGAAAACUGGGCAAUGUUUCUUGGUGUUGCUGUCUACUGCUUUGAAGGUAUCGGAUUAGUGCUGCCGACAUACGACUCCAUGGAUGAUCAGAUCAAACACAAAUUCCCUGCCAUUUUGUCAUGGUGUGUAGUGUGCAUCCUUGCCAUUUGCAUUAUGUUUGCUGGCACAGUAUAUGCAGCUUUUGGGCAGAGCACGCAAUCCGUUGUAACGUUAAAUCUGCCCAGCUCGAGCGAGAGUACAGGGACAAUGGCUGUUCAGCUUACAUAUUCCCUGGCACUAGUACUUUCGUACCCAUUGAUGCUGUAUCCGGUUAUCAACAUUCUCGAAAGCAAAUUGUUCCCGUACCAACGUGUCAAGGGAUUCUGGCGGUGGAAAAAGAAUGGCUUCCGUUUUGCACUGGUCUGUCUUACCGCUGUCGUUGGGUAUUUUGGAAAGGAGGAGCUGGAUAAUUUUGUCUCUAUCAUUGGCGGAUUCUGCUCCGUGCCGCUCGCGUUCAUAUAUCCGUGCAUAUUUCACUCAAGACUUGUCGGACGUGGGCACAUUUUGAACGGUGUCGUGGUCGUGAUUGGCUUGUGCACGAUGGUCUUCGCCACAUUCCAAGCAGUUUCAACUUGGAACUAG